ACUUCAACAAGCUACAUAAGGCUAGUUCUUGAUCCCUCUCCAAUCACUCUGUCUUUGUGUCUCUCAAGUUCUCUGUCUAACUCAAGCAAAACACAAAAAAGAAAAAAAAAAUGUUGACUUGCCAAGCAUGGCCAGAACCUAUUGUUCGAGUCCAAACCUUAGCUGAAAGUGGCCUAAGCUCCAUACCUGCACGCUACAUCAAGCCAUGCUCCCAGAGACCCAUCAAAACCACCACCACCUUGGCUCCCCACCAAAGUGAUGAUCAUGAUCACGUUAACAUCCCUGUGAUCGACCUUCAGCACCUCUCAGGCGAGGACCGAGUCCUCCGCGAGGAGGCUCUGCGGCGUGUCUCAGAGGCGUGCCGAGAGUGGGGUUUCUUCCAGGUGGUGAACCAUGGGGUGAGCCAUGAGCUGAUGAAGAGUGCUAGAGAGCUGUGGCGUGAGUUCUUCAACCAGCCACUUGAGAUGAAGGAGGAGUAUGCCAACUCUCCUACCACUUAUGAGGGUUAUGGAAGUCGUUUGGGAGUGAAGAAAGGUGCCAUUUUGGAUUGGAGUGACUACUUCUUUCUCCAUUACAUGCCUCCUUCACUUAGGAACCAAUCUAAGUGGCCUGCACUUCCAUCAUCCUUGAGGAAAGUGAUCUCUGAAUAUAGUGAAGGGGUGGUUAAGCUUGGAGGAAGAAUGCUCAAUUUGAUGUCAAUGGAUCUUGGCCUGAAUGAGGAUUACCUUCUUAAUGCAUUUGGUGGAGAAAAUGAGAUUGGUGCUUGCCUAAGGGUGAAUUUCUACCCAAAAUGCCCUCAACCUGACCUCACUCUUGGACUCUCACCUCACUCUGACCCUGGUGGUUUGACCAUUCUUCUCCCUGAUGAUUUUGUUUCUGGCCUUCAAGUUCGCAAAGGAAAUUAUUGGAUCACUGUUAAGCCUGUCCCUAAUGCUUUCAUCAUCAACAUUGGUGACCAAAUUCAGGUGCUGAGCAACACAAUAUACAAGAGUGUGGAACACAGGGUGAUUGUGAACUCAAACAAAGAUCGAGUUUCAUUGGCCAUGUUUUACAACCCAAAGAGUGAUUUGCUUAUUGAACCUGCUAAGGAGCUUGUGACAGAGGAGAAGCCAGCACUGUACCCACCAAUGACUUAUGAUGAAUACAGACUCUACAUUAGGAGACAAGGACCCUGUGGAAAGGCACAAGUUGAAUCCUUGGCUUCUCAAACGUGAUUCCAAGAAUUAUGUCCAUUUAUAGUUAAUGGAACAUUUAAUGCAUCUAAAUAAUUGGAAUCUUUCUCUACAAUAUGUAUGGUUUAAAAUUGUCUUGUUUCCGGGUGCAGUGUAAUAGUUUACACGGAAAAAACCAGAAAAGGAAAUAUCUUCAAUAAUCACAUUUCAGAUUUUUCCUUUCA